UACGUGCAGGACGGAGGUCGUUCGUACGGAUUCAUUUAGCGCAUGCGCAAAAAGCUCGCUACGGCGUGAUCAUCAGAGCGUUCCACCCUUCUGUGCUUCGCUCUGCGGCUCCUGUGCUGCCAUGGCGUUCAUGUGGACGUGGCUGAUGGAGGCUCCGGGCUACGUGGACCGCUCUCCGCUGUUUCCCAACCCCCUUGUCUGCCUCCGAGACAUGUCACAGAGCGCUGCUGGCGAGGUUUUCGAGCGACUGCCGUGGAAUGGAGUGGAGACGUGGCUGAGAGAGACGUUUGAGUGGCUCUACCUCUCCUGGUACAUGGACUGGGGACUCGUCAUGCAGACUGUGGGACUGGCUGUGGUCCUCACUGCCAUACGGAUGGUACUCAACUCCCUACUCUUCAAGCGUAUUCCAAAGUGGGUGGACAUGAACAAGGACGGGACGGACAAGCUCCCGGAGAGUCUGUGGAAGGUCAUCAUGUACAGCAUCACCUGGAGCUGGGCCAUCUACCUCAUUGCCACUGAGAACUACUUCGUGGACCUCAAGACUCACUGGGAAGGAUGGACACCUGGAGAAGCUGUUGAUAACUCUCUUCGCUGGCUCUAUAUCCUACAGAUUGGGUUCUAUCUUCAUUUUGCCUAUGGCACUGUGUAUAUGGACACUGUUCGUCAGGAUUUCGUGGUCUUGAUACUGCACCAUGCUCUCACCAUCGCCCUCCUCCUCUUCUCGUACACCGUCAGGUUCCACAAGAUAGGACUGUUGGUGCUGUUUCUACAAGACUUUGGAGACGUAGUGCUGGAGUUUGCCAAAAUCUCCGUCUAUUUCAAGGAGAGGGGAGGAAGGGAGUACGUGGUGCCAGAGUACUUUGCCAACUUCUUCUUUGCCAUUUUCACUCUCCAACAUGUGCUGUUCAGACUGUACUGGUUCCCGACUAAAGUGAUGUACUCCUCCAUGCAUGUGUCAGUGGUAGUCUACCCCGGAGGUCCGUUCUACCUCCCCUUCAAUCUCAUGCUCCUGGCUCUCUAUGCCAUGCAGGUGUAUUGGUUCAAGUUCAUAGUCCGUGUGCUGGUGAGGAUCCUAGUCCAUGGUGAUAAGGUCAACGACAGCAGAGAAGAUGAAGAAAAAGACAAGAACACCAAAUCUAAAAAACAGAACUAACAUUCACUCCGGUCCGAGAAUCUUAUGCACCAAUGAAAAUGCUAUGUUGUAUGUUAUACACUUGCCUAUAGUAUAGCCGCGCCCAAAAUUUUAUAUUAUUGGGGGUGUUGUGCGCAUGCGCCUAACGCGGUCAGCCGAUCGCUCGCGCUCGCUAUAUCGCCCCCAAGCGACAAGAAGUGUCCCUGACCUAGAUCGCUGCACAGGAUCUGGACAAGCUAGUGCCCGCGUCAACAGUGCUUCGUCCUUCAUUCCCUCCGUCCCUCGCCCAGGUUCAAACAUGAGGAACCCGUACACGCUGGUGAACGUGACGAUAGAGCGAUCUCCGCUCUUCCCCAACCCCGUCACGUGUAUCAGUGACAUGUCGGGGAUGCUGGCGAGCGAGCUGGUGCGCAGAAGUCCGUGGGGUGCAUGGGGUCAGUGGCUGAGCGAGACACGGGACUCCUUGGAGUUGUCUGUGAACUUUGACCCCGGCAUGAUCCUGUGGGCCACUCUGAUAUGUGUGGUGUUGACGUUGAUGAGAGCUGCGCUCAACAGACGAGUGUUUACCCCGCUGGCCAAGAGCUACAAACUGACUGAUGAGAGCGUCAAUAAAUUGCCAGAGAGCAUCUGGAAAUGUUCCGUGUACCUCAUCACCUGGUGCUGGUCGGCCUACAUCACAUAUGACCUCGAUAUAUUGGCCGACCUGGGUUCCCACUGGAGCACCUGGUACCCAGGGAGACCGGUGGAGAGCAGUAUAUACUGGCUGUUCACAUUUGAAGUGGGGUUCUACAUCCACUACACCUACGGCAUGCUGUUCCUGGAGGCUCGCAGGAAAGACUUCACGGUCCUGAUACUCCAUCAUAUCCUAACUAUCGCUCUCAUUGUCGGCUGCUACUCCGUCAGGUUCCACAUCAUUGGGGUGUUACUCAUCUUCAUCCACGAUAUCGGAGACGUGUUCCUGGAGGGGUCAAAGUCCAUUCUCUAUUUCAAGGAGCAGGGCGGGAAGGCUGUUCACUGGGUGGUGACAUGUGCCAACAUUGGCUUCCUCUUGUUUGCUACUGAAUACUUUCUCUUCAGGAUCUACUGGUUUGUAACAAAGGCUCUCUACUCCGCCCUCUACAUCUGUCUCCUAGUCUACCCAAACGGACCGUUCUACCUUCCCUUCAACCUCAUGUUACUAGCCCUGCUUGCCAUGCAGAUCUUUUGGUUCUCACUGAUAAUCAAGCUACUGGUGAAAGUCUUGUUCCUCAAAGAGGAGCUAUCAGAUGUUCGUGAUAUCAAGAAUGAAGAGGGAGAGAGUGAGGCCGCGACUCUUCACGUAAACGGUGGUACAAAAACAGCAAAACUAAACGGAUCCUCAAAAGCGCAUGAAGAUAAGAAGAAGAAAUGAUUCAUGUGACUAUUGAAGUGGGAUUUCACACACAUUUUAGCAAAUUACACAAUUCACACUAAACUUUUGCCAUGAAAUUGUACAUUCUUUUGCAGUAUUAUUUUAGGCUUCCUUUCCCCGUUAAUGCAUGGCCAGUAGUAUUGCAUGUGUAAGAAGCCUCUCAACAUAUUAUUUCAGAAUUACCAACUUUCGUAUACACAAUUGCCCUAUGUGUACAUUACCAUUUCUGGUGCGUACAUAGGAG